AUCAUGUACAAGACCGUCCUUGUAGUUGCUUUCAUUGCCCUCGCUGUCAUGGCAGCACAAGUUCAUGGCUCCGCUUUUGGAGGACUUGGUCUAGGUGCUGGUAUUGCCGGAUACGGGGGGUAUGGAGGUGGGAUCGUUGGAUAUGGAGGAGGUUAUGGAGGAUAUGGAGGAGGUUAUGGAGGAUUUGGAGGAGGUUAUGGAGGAUAUGGAGGAGGUUAUGGAGGAGUUCUUGGCGGAUUAGGAGCUGGUUAUGGACUUGGAGGUGGAUAUGGAAAAGUAGUUCUGCCAGUCCCUGUCUCUAUUCCAGUGCCAGUCGUUGUCAAGGGCGGAUAUGGAGGCGGCUACGGCGGCGGCUACGGCGGUGGAUAUG